ACGGUACACAACCCAAUAAACUUGUAUUUAAUUAGGUCCCCGUUGUCCCUUUCUACACACCUCCAUUGUAGCUAUAGAAUCAAUUUUAUUCAUGUGUCAAGAUCAUAUUCACUUUAUGUUCAAUCUAAUAGUGACACAUUCCAUUUUUUAAUAUGCUUAUUCAUCUCUAUAUAUGCAUACAUUGCACAACCACAUUAUCAAUUGGUCAUCUUCUCUUAUGUGUCUUCAACCUUCUCUUGUGUAUUACCAAAACAAAAUAAAAAAAUUGUGCACCAUGAAAGCACCAACCAUCUUAAAGAACUUUCUCUUGCGCCAAGCUCCGGCGGCGGUAGCCCCUUUGCCGGAAAAAACCCGAUUCGAUCGAGAACUGUCGGCGGAACUUGACACCCUUGGUGGGGAAAUUAAGUUGGCUCAAUUGCUUGAUGCUGCCAUCAAAACUCAGAAAAUUGUAUUGGAUUCACUAGUCAAAAUUUCUUAUAGAGAUGAUUUUGAUCGUGGAGAUGUUGAUAAGUACUUAGAAGACAACGUUGAGAUUCUUGAUGUAUGCAACUAUUUUGUAGAAAAAAUUGAGAAUAUCAAUUACUAUGUAGAUGCAUUAAAAAUUGUUGUACAUUUAGUUGAUAAUAGUUUUAGUCCAAAGCCUAAUAAAGUUGCAACAAAACGUGCAUUGGAAUAUUUGAAUUCAUCAUCAUGUCAAAGUGUAGCAAAGAAAUCUAGCAAAGGAUUGAAAAAUUUGUUAAGGCAGAGACUAUGUCAUCAUGGAACAGAUAUAAGUGAGAUUUUGUGCGGUUCAAAGGCUAUGACUUUGAUGUGUUUGAGGUUUCUUGAACUUGGUUUGUCAUUUGAUUCAAAAAGUAGAAAUUUGCCAGUGAUGAAACCUUUUCAGCCUACAAGCUCUUCAUGGUUGAGAUUGUUGCAAGAGUUGACAAGAGAGACAGAAGCAAGUGUUGAUGAGAAGAAGUUGCAGAAAAAGAGUUCAUGUAUGAGUGAGUUGCAGCAGACAGUGGAUGCAGCUAGAGAAUUGAAGGAACAGAUGAAGAGGGAAAAGGAGAUGAAAUGUUGUGUUGAGAGAUUGAAGAAAAGGUGCAAGGAAUUGCAGGAUGUGGUUGAGGCUAUUGAGGAAAGAGUAAAAGAACUGUAUAAAUGUUUGAUUGAUGUUAGGAUGACUCUUCUGGGAAUUCUUUCACACCACUAAAUUAAUUAGAUCUUAUGAUUAGAAUAGGUAGCUAGAAAGUUGGCUAAUUAGAAUUAAAAUUAAUGUAAUUAGAAUUAUUAUC